CAGCUCAGUAGGACCCCUCCCACGCUAGGCCUUUUCCUGGCCUUCAGCUUCCGCUUCCGUCUACCUCAUAAUGGCCACCACACAGACCCUUCAGAGGGGCCAGAGAAGGUUCUGGAGGCUGUGGACACAGACAUUCCCUCAAGUCAGGCUGCAACAUCCCCAUCCCCAUCCCGAAAGGGGCUGUCACACUGUCACACUGCCUCUGGGAGGAACUGCUGGGCCUGCCCCGGGCAGUGGGUGCAGGACAGGGAGGGACAAGAAAAUUUGCUGAGAGGACACUCAGAAACCUCCUCCUUCUCUGGGGCAAAGUCCCCCAGGGCACACAGCGAUUGGUGGGCAGCAACUAUACCAGGGCACCGUGGCCCGAGGGGGAGGGCAAGGAGCAUGCCCCAGCAGGGGCAGCAGGAAGGGGACUGACCCCGAGAGGCGCCCACAAGCCACGGCGCCAGUCAGGACUCUCCGGGGGGAGGGAGCAGGAUGGGCUGAGUCUUCCGGUCCAGGUGGGACAGGCAGUGGGCUGGGCAGCACCGCGGCCUGGGGGACGGGCCCUGCCCCCGCCCCCAACUUGCAGAUGGAGGCGCAGUGCCCUCCACCAUUACUGCCCGCCACUGAGGCUGGGCCCGCUGGGAGCACUGCUGGGCCCAGCCCUGCCCUGAACUUGGGUCUGAACUGGAAGACUUCGGGGGCUGGGGCCCUCCCCACCCGGUGGGUGCAAAGCGCCUCCCUCCCACUCUUCUGAUGGGGUAGGGACCACCACAGUAAGGUCUGCAGAGCUCAGGGCAGACUUCUCAAGGGGCCUCCAGGCCAACCAGCCAGAGUGCCAGCAUCCUGCCCUUGCCCUGCCCUUCCCCGCCCUACCCAGGGCAGGCGGCACACAGCGUCUGGUCGUGCCACACAGGGGUCUACUUACGCUAGUCCUGCACUCAGAGCCUGUGCCCAGCCCCGCAACACCCCUGGCCUGGCCCAGGGCCCAUCCAGGGAGGAAGCCCACUCGAAGAGGGCUGGGCUGGGGGCCCAGAGCACCUGCCACAGGGCAGCAGUGCAGCGUGGACAAGGCAGGCACCUGGGGCUGUGACAGGUACCCCUCGGGAGCCUCAACUCCUGGGUAAACAUUAAUGGGGCUCAGUACACAGCAGGUCAUGUGUGCGCCCAGCAGAUCUUUGACCGGCAGCUGCUCCCGCCCUGUGUUUCCUCCCCGCAGGUGCCCCCUCACUACCCUCACAGCAGAUCCAGGCCUGGGCCUGGUCUAUCCCUGCCAGAAAUCCAUGCCGAAUUCCCUCACGGGUGGCCAGGUCCCCCCCCUUACUCUGGACACAGUUGGCCUGGUGGACCGGAGCCUGGGAAAUGCAGGGACCUCCGGUUCCGCCCCAGUCUUGGAAGAGGGGAAAAUGGACCCCUGGGCCCUCCCUCAGCUGAAGGACACUGGCCAGUCCUGGAAAGAGCUCAGCGUGGCCGGCAGGGUGCUCCGGGUGGCCACUGGCUUCCUCAAGGCCUGUGGACUCCUGGGCAGCCUCUACCUCUUCAUCUGCUCCCUGGACAUCCUCAGCUCCGCCUUCCAGCUGCUGAGCAGCAAGGUGACUGGAGACAUCUUUAAGGAGAACGUGGUGCUGUCCAACCCUGUGGCUGGACUGGUCAUCGGCGUGCUGGUCACAGUUCUCGUCCAGAGCUCCAGCACGUCUUCUUCCAUUGUGGUCAGCAUGGUGGCCUCCAAAUUGCUGACCGUCCAGGCGUGUGUGCCCAUCAUCAUGGGCGUCAACGUGGGCACGUCCAUCACCAGCACCCUGGUCUCAAUGGCACAGUCAGGGGACCGAGAUGAGUUUCGGAGGGCCUUUGGCGGCUCAGCUGUUCACGGCAUCUUCAACUGGCUCACGGUGCUCAUCUUGCUGCCGCUGGAGAGCGCCAUAGCCCUGCUGGAGAGGCUCAGCGCCCUGACUCUGGACGCCACCAGCCUGCAGCCUGGGGGGCACGCGCCCGACAUCCUCAAGGUGCUAACGCAGCCUCUCACACACCUCAUUGUGCAGCUGGACACCGAUGAGAUUGCAAGCAGUGCCACGGGCAACGCCACCAACAGCAGCCUCAUUAAGCAAUGGUGCGGCACCAGGGAGGUGAUGACCUCGGGGAACAGCAGCGACUGUGGAGAGGCGGCCUCCGGCCCCUGCCCUGAGAGGAACGGAACGGCUGCGGUGGAGCUGCUGCCCUGCCACCACCUGUUUGUGGGAACCACGCUCACGGACCUGGCCGUGGGCUUCAUCCUUCUGGCCGCCUCCCUGCUCCUGCUCUGCACCUGCCUCGUCCUCAUCGUCAAACUGCUUAACUCUGUGCUGCGCGGCCGCAUCGCCCAGGCCGUGAGGAAGGUCAUCAAUGCUGACUUCCCCUUCCCCUUCAGCUGGCUCAGCGGCUACCUGGCCAUCCUGGUGGGCGCCGGCCUGACCUUCGUGCUCCAGAGCAGCAGUGUCUUCACGGCGGCCGUUGUGCCGCUCAUGGGGGUCGGGGUGAUCAGCCUGGAGCGCGCAUACCCCCUCUUCCUGGGCUCCAACAUCGGCACGACCACCACAGCCCUGCUGGCCGCCCUGGCCAGUCCCGCGGACAUGCUGCUCAGCGCCCUCCAGGUUGCCCUCAUCCACUUCUUUUUCAAUCUGGCUGGCAUCCUGCUGUGGUACGUGGUGCCUGUCCUGCGGCUGCCCAUCCCGCUGGCCAAACGCUUCGGGGACGUGACCGCCAAAUACCGCUGGGUGGCCAUCGCCUAUCUGCUGCUCAGCUUCCUGCUGCUGCCGCUGGCCGCCUUCGGGCUCUCCCUGGCAGGGAGCACAGUGCUGGCUGCAGUCGGAGGACCCCUGCUGGGGCUGGUACUCCUCGUCAUCCUGGUCAAUGUCCUGCAGCGGCACCGGCCAGCCUGGCUGCCACGCCGUCUGCGGUCCUGGGCCUGGCUCCCGCUCUGGCUCCAUUCUCUGGAGCCCUGGGACCGCCUGGUGGGCCGCUGCUGCCCCUGCAGGGUCUGCAGCCCCCCUCCGGCCGCUGCCAAGGAGGCCCACUGCUACGAGAACCCUGAGGUCCUGGCCUCCCAGCAGCUGUGAAGGGUGGGCACCCCCACUUCGUGGACUUCUGGGUGCCCUGGGGGGACUUCCGAGUCACCUAGCUUGGCUUCUUUCCAAAUAAACAAGGCUAUAAACCAGG